UUUACGCGCUCGUGCCCGUCACUCAGGCUUUCGGGUUCGCGCACGUCUGCGCGUUCACGCCGUGUCGCCAGAGCGAGAGCAAGUCUUCAUCAUCAUCAUCGUCAUCACCCACCAGUGCUCCAUUCAAUUUCUGGCCGGACGCUGACUAACUCAGAGCUACAACAAUGGCCUCGGGCGUGAAAGUGACGGAUGAAGUGAUCGCAGUGUUCAAUGACAUGAAGGUGCGCAAAGCGCAGGCCAAUGAGGAGGAAAAGCGCCGGAGGAAGAAGGCCAUCCUUUUCUGCCUUAGCAAGGACCUGAAGAAUAUCGUGCUGGAUGACGGGAAGGAGAUCCUGCUGGGUGAUCUGGGCGAAACCGUUCACGACCCCUACCAGCACUUUGUCAAGAUGCUGCCCGCCGACGAUUGCCGCUACGCCCUCUACGACGCCACAUACGAGACCAAAGAGACCAAGAAGGAAGACCUGGUCUUCAUCUUCUGGGCUCCCGAUAGCGCCCCCCUCAAGAGCAAGAUGAUCUACGCCAGCUCAAAAGAUGCCAUCAAAAGAAAGUUCGAAGGUAUCAAGCACGAGUGGCAGGUGAACGGCUUGGAAGACCUCAAGGACCGGCACACCUUGGCAGAAAAACUGGGCGGGAGUUCAGUUAUCAGCCUGGAGGGAUCCCCUAUAUAAAUAUUUUUCCCGCCCCCUCGACCUCCUGCUUUCCCCCUCUUUUCUGGCUGUUUGGAGAAUAAAAAAAAAAAAAAAUCACAACCAGCAGUUUGUGGGCGUCAUUCCAGUUUAAAAGAUGAAGAAAAAAAAUGAACGAAACACAGCGGUGAAAAUGUAAAGAUACAAUUGAUUGAUUGAGGAUUGAUGAAGUUGUCGGGGGGAGGUGUUUGUUCCAUUUCAAAUGGGAUACGCAUCGUUUUUUCCAACCAUUCUUGCUUUUUUUUAAGGUUUUUUUUGUUUGUUUUGCCAAACGUAGUCUAGUUUUGUAAGUCGAGAUCAGCUUUAGUGUAAACUAAUUCACUCUGGAUUGCACAAGACGUAUCAAACAUUCUUGGGGUUUCAUGUAUCCAUAUUUUGCUCGUUCCAAAAUUCCAAAACUUAAACGGUUCCUUUUUCUCUGAAAGAUGAUGGCAUUUGAUGUAGUUCACACAUUCCUCAUUCCAUGUCAUUGUUUUUUUUUUUUCUCAAAUCAAGAUCUCAUUGGGAAAGCUAAAGUAAAUGUUGGCAUUGUGAAGGUCUAGGUGGAGAGCGACAUGUACGUGAAGCGGCGUUUCGACUGAAUAUUGAAUGGUGGAUGUUUUGUAUCGUCUCCUAUCUCUAAUAAAAAAAGCACUAAACUACUGA